AAAUAAAGUUUGAAUUUCGGGAUUGGGAAAAUAUUUAUUUUUUUAUUUUAUUUGAGAAAAAAAAUCCCCCCAAUCAAGCACUUAGAAUGAUUGCACUGAGGGUCAUACCAACUUCUUUUUGCUGAGGAAGAGGAACUUUCGUGAUAUCUCACUAUAUGCCUAUUAUUGAUUAAUGCUUUGCAAGCAAGCAUUAUUGCAAUACUAUUUCUCUCUCUUCGUUACAUUCUGAAAAUCCAAUCACUCACUGAUUAAUUUGCUGUUGUUAUCUGUAUCAUAUCAUGGCUGAAGCACUUGUUGUUGGAGCUUUAGUUAAUGGCUUCGCCAACGUUGUUCUUGACCGGCUCAUUUCUUCUGAGUUUGUCAACUUGGUGGCGGGCAAGAAGCUGGAUCGGAAGCUGGUUGACAGGCUGAAGACUGCUCUCUUGGCUGCCAAAGCUCUGGCUGCUGACGCUGAGCAGAAGCAGUUUGGAAACGAACUCGUCAGGGAAUGGCUUGAUAGUCUCAGGGAUGCUCUCUACACUGCUGAUGACUUGCUGGACCGUGUCUUCACCAAAGCUCAAAUUCGCAGCAAGGUACGCACUCGGCUUCCUCACUUCCUUGAUCUGUCUGGUAGGAAGAUGGUGACCAAGAUAGAAGAGGUGAUUGAAAGAAUAGAAGAUCUUGAGAAACGCAAAGAUACCCUUGGUCUCAAAGAGAUUCCAACGGGUAGCUCCUCAUGGAGACCUCCAUCCACUUCUCUUGUCAAGGGCAAUGUGUUCGGCAGGGAUGCUGACCAACAGGCACUAAUCAAGAUGCUCAAUGACAACAAUCAUCAUAGCUUGUCCGUCAUCUCUAUUGUUGGUAUGGGCGGGGUUGGUAAAACUACUUUAGCACAAUGGCUCUACAACAAUGAGAAUUUGAUGGACGGGGUUGAUCUGAAAGCAUGGAUUUGUGUUUCUGAAAAUUUUGAUGUUGUUGACACUACAAAGAAUGUUAUAAAGGGGAUCUCUUCGGGUGUUUGUAGUCUUGACAGUUUUGAUUUACUUCAACGAGAUUUGAAGGAAAAACUGUCACAAAAGAAGUUCUUCGUUGUCUUGGACGAUGUUUGGAGUGAAGAUGCUGAUAAGUGGAAUAGUUUUAUCACCCCUUUUCAACAUGGGACAAAGGGAAGCACUAUUCUUCUAACUACCCGCAAGGAAAAUGUUGGUCCAACAGUCCAAAAUUAUAACUCUUACACUCUCAAGGAACUGUCAGACGAUUAUUGUUGGUCUAUUUUUGCGGACAAUGCAUCCUUUCCUGAAUCAAAUGGGAGCUCGGAACUGGAAGGAAUAGGUAGAAAGAUUGUCGAGAGGUGUGGUGGCUUGCCAUUAGCUGCAGAAACAAUUGGACGCUUGUUGCGCUCAAAGCAUGAUGCUGGGGAAUGGAAUAAAAUACUAUCUAGUGACAUUUGGCAAUUUCCUGUGACAGACAGUAAGAUUGUUCCCGCAUUGUUAAUAAGUUACUAUCAUCUGCCUGCACAUUUGAAACGAUGUUUUGUUUAUUGUUCGUUGUAUCCCAAAGAUUAUAAAUUUGAUGAAGAUGAAUUAAUCUUGCUAUGGAUGGCUGAAGAUCUUUUACGGCCACCAAAGAGGGGAGAAACUUUAGAAGAUGUUGGUUACGAGUAUGUUGAUGAUUUGGCUUCAAGACUAUUUUUCAAGCAGGUUGGGAAUGAGAAUGAGAUGUAUUUUGUGAUGCAUGAUCUCAUGCAUGACUUGGCAACUUUUCUUGCUGGAAAGUUUUAUUGUAGAUUAUCAGAAAUUGGUGAAAAGGAAGAGAUGAGUUUUCUAACUCGCCAUUUGUCAUCGGAGACUGCAAAAACCUGUCCCUCUAAUAAAACAGAAUCUUUGAGGACAUUCUUUUGUAAUAAUUAUCAUUAUCCUUUUAUGAUAAGGGAAGAAAGAAAAAUGCGUGGCAUAUUAUCAAAGAAUAAAUACUUGAGAGUUUUAUCCGUUCAUAUACUCAGCAAAUUUCCAGAUUCCAUAGCCAAGUUGAUCCACCUGCGCUAUUUGGAUCUCCAUUGGAGUAAGAUUGAGGUACUGCCACAGUCAUUAUGUAACUUGUUCAAUCUACAAACUUUAAAGUUACAACGUUGUUUUUCCCUAACUACGCUACCUAGUAGUCUAGGUGAAUUGAUCUACUUACGCCAUUUGGAUAUCUCUGGAAGUUGUAUUAGGACAUUGCCCGAGUCAUUGUGCAAGUUGUGCAAUUUACAAACAUUAAAGAUAAAUGGUUGUUACCAGCUGACUAUGCUGCCCAAUGGCAUGUGUAAUCUUGUGAAUUUGCGGCAUCUUGAUAUCAGGAGGACUCCUCUGAAAGAAAUGCCAAAAAGAAUGGGCAAAUUGAAACAGUUGCACAUUUUAAGCGACUAUAUGGUAGGCAAGUCUGAAGACAAUGGAAUCCAAGAGUUAGGAGGGCUUUUAAAUCUUCAUGGAUCAUUUCAGAUUUGGAAAUUGGAGAAUAUUGUCAACGCCAAUCAGGCAAGGAGUGCAAACAUAAUAGAUAAGAAGCACAUUGACGACUUAUUAUUGGAAUGGUCUUCAACAGAUGAUGUGGUUUCAGACACACAAACUGAAAGAGAUAUACUCCACGGCUUGCAACCGCACACUGGCUUGAAACAGUUGAGAAUACGGGGAUACAAGGGUAACAUAUUUCCAAAUUGGAUUGGGAAUUUCUUCUACCAAAACAUGACAAGUGUAUCUCUAAAGUCUUGCAAGAAUUGCUGCAUGCUGCCUUCACUUGGACAGCUGCCAUCUCUUAAGUUCCUGAGCAUCAAAAGUUUUGGUGAGUUGAAGAGCAUUGGCAAGGAGUUUUACAAAAAUGAAGGCGAUCAGCAUUCUUCGCCUAUUGCACCGUUUCCCUCACUGCAGACAUUGGAAUUUGAUGAGAUGUCAUGUUGGGAGGAGUGGCAUUUACCUGACUCAGAAGCCUUUCCUCAGCUUAAGAGCCUUGAAAUAAGAGGGUGUCCAAUGUUGAAGGGAGAUAUGGUUAAUCAGGUAUUAAUGAGAAUCCUUUCUUCCUCACCGGAUAUUUCCAAAGUGCGCCAACUAUACAUAAAAGAAGAAGAUGAUGAAAGAUCGGGUAAAAAGAUGAAACUUGAUGGGUAUUGGUUAUCAAUUAGUGGAUUUGAAUGUGUGGUGGAGUGUGCAUUUAAGGCAAGGAUCAUCCGCCAUCUAACUUCCCUACAAGGAAUAUAUAUCUCAGAGUGUUCAUCUGUUGUAUCCUUGGGGGGCAAUUGUUUACCCAAAUCUUUGCAAAAGCUCACAAUGUAUAGGUGCAGCCAAAUUGAAUUACUCCAGCAACAACACAAGUAUGAUUUGGUACAUCUACAUAUAUUUCGAAGUUGUGAUUCACUGACCUCAUUGUCGUUGGAUGCCUUUCCCAAUCUCGAGAAUCUGGAGAUAUUCUGGUGUUCAAAUCUGGAAUCAGUUUCAAUGUCAGAGCCACCACACGCUGCUCUUCAACGUCUCUCCAUCUAUGGGUGCCGCAAAUUUGUGUCAUUUCCGGAAGAAGGACUGGCUACGCCCAACUUGACUCAUCUCGAUGUUAGCAGGUGCUCGAAGUUGGAGGCAUUGCCACGUGGCAUGAAUACUCUUCUCCCAAAUUUACACUCUCUCGACAUAGGAGGUUGCCCAAACAUUUGCAGGUCGCCAGAGGGUGGUUUGCCGGCUAACGUGAAAGAGCUAAGUGUAGGACAAGUGAGGGGUCUAUCAUGGUUGGGCAAUUUGGACAACCUCACUCAUCUUUUCAUUGAUGGUUCUAACUGUGAGAGCAUAAUAAAGUCAUACCCAGAGGUGGGUUGGCUGCCUCGCCUUCCCUCCCUUACCACUCUACAUAUCCAUGACUUUGAUAAUCUGGAGACAUUGGAGUGCAACGAGCUUCUUCACCUCACCUCCCUCCAACAACUACACAUUUCAAACUGUCCAAAGCUGAACAAUAUAGAGGGUGGUUUGCCGGCUAACCUGAAAGAGCUUAGUGUAGGAGAAUGCGAGGAACAAGUGAGGGGUCUAUCAUGGUUGGGCAACUUGGACAACCUCACUCAUCUCACCAUUUCUGGUGUUGGGUGUGAGAGCAUAAAGUCAUACCCAGAGGUGGGUUCGCUGCCUCGCCUUCCCUCCCUUACCACUCUACAUAUCCAAGACUUUUAUAAUCUGGAGACAUUGGAGUGCAACGAGCUUCUCCGCCUCACCUCCCUCCAACAACUGCACAUUUCAUACUGUCCAGAGCUGAAGAAUAUGGAAGGAGAAAAGCUGCCUCCCUCUCUCUUACUACUUCAAAUUGACAACUGUUAUUUUCUGGGCGGACGCUGCAAGAACAAGCAUCAACAAAUUUGGUCCAAAAUUUCCCACAUCCCCACCAUUGCAGUCGAAGAUUUCUGAGCAGGUGGCUUAUGUACAUAUCAAGAUGUAAUCCUAUACAUUGGCUACAUAUCUUCAUUUAAUUCUAAGUUCAUUUGAGGUGGUAAUUAAGCUGGAUUAAGGCGUUGGGAACCAGAUACUUUGUUUUCUGAUUUUGGCUUAAUGUUAUUGAAAAGCAAGGACAUGAUGGAGAAUGUUAGAGUAGUGGCACUUAUGAUUGAAAAGCUUUUGUUGUUGUAGAUUCUGACGUGAAGAAGGUAUGUAGCUAAUGCAGUCAAGAUUCAAAGAUUAUGCUCUCCACAUUUGAAGAUGACAAUCAUGUACCUGAAAUGAUCAUUAUGAGAAGAAGAUCCACUGGGAAAGGGAAGUACAUUUGAGGUUUAGUAACCAACCAUAUCUAAAUUAUCUUCAUUCAAUCCAAAGUUCAAGAGAAGACGUGCUCUGUUUUAGCUUCAGUCACUAUAAAUCUGCAGUCGGAGAGUGGUCCAAUCUUGGUUUUGGCUAAAAUUUUGAUAGCAAGUUCUGGAUGUACUUUUUCAUUCUGAAUGGUUGGACGAUUAAGAUAAGAUUUGGAGGGUGAGAUAUGGCCUGCACACGCAAAGUAGCUUUGGUUUUGUAAAUUUUUCAUGUUUUUGGUUUCCAUUUAUACGCAUUGGUGCUUGGUUGUUUUGAUUUACUAUAAGCAUGAUUUGUGCACUCAUUUGAGAUUUUCUUGUAUCCUUACUUGAUUACAAUGGUACUUGUUUUUUGGUCUGAAUGAUCCAUAGUUUUUACCUCUCAAAUUGAGAGAGUUUUCCAUGUUAAAAUUUCAGUGUCUUGUCCCGAUUUUUAUUUUUCUGGUUUCUGUUAUUUGUUGGCUGCCACUGUUUUGUGUAUUGUUACGCCAAUUAUUCUCUCAA